AUGUUGAUAGCGUUACAGAUCAAGAAAAGAUAUGAUGAAUUGAAGAAGAUUAAGUACCGCCAAAUUUUGGUUGAGAAAAAUGUACGAUCCUCGAAAACAUUAGAAGCGGUGAAAAGGCAUUUUGACAUAGAAUUUGGGAAUCUAGGUCUGGUGUCGUCCAUGGGCAUUGAAAUUCUGAAGGGUGUCUCGGGAAAACUUUUGCAUGGUAGGACAUGUGCAAUUAUGGGGCCAUCAGGCGCCGGUAAAACGACAUUUGUUUCGCUACUGACGGGAAAGCAUUCAGCCUUAAUGCGCUUACCCGCCGACAUGGAACGCGGAGAGAAGAAACGAAAGGUUAUUGAGAUCAUUAAAUUUUUGGGAUUGGAUCAUGUGAUGGACUCAGCUAUCGGAAACGAAGAGGAAAGAGGGAUCUCAGGUGGACAGCGAAAGCGUGUAAACAUAGGAAUGGAACUUGUCGCCGAACCAUCGAUUCUUUUCUUGGAUGAACCAACUUCGGGUCUGGAUUCUGUCACAUCGCUUGAAGUGUGCACAUUAUUGAAAAGCAUUGCCCAUCAGCAAGAGCUCACGAUUGCGGCAAUUAUACAUUCCCCAUCGCCACAGGCUUUUGACACAUUCGAUGAUUUCCUGUUGUUGGGAAAAGGAGGGAUGAGCAUAUAUUUUGGCGAGCGAGCAAAGGCACUCGAAUAUUUUAUUAAUCUCGGUUACGAGAAACCCUCUUUUCUAAGUCCAUCCGAUUUUAUGUUGGAGAUUGCCUCAGGAAAAGUAAAACCUAGCGGGAGGUCGCACCUGACAGUGGCCGAUCUCCAUGAAAUUUGGAAGGGUAACGACACUCGAAGUAAAGAAUUACGCGAAAUCUCUACGAAUGAAUACACGAUAGACGUGGAAGAAGAUGAUGAUACAGAAUUGAUGCACAAACAAACAUCUGAUAAAUCUGCAGGCUUUGUCUCAUCAAUAUAUCACAUUUAUCACGAAUCCUACGAAUACACUUUUGACGUGUUCACCGAGUUUUGGGGUUUUCUGGGAUCUUCCCUUUUUUGGAAAAGCGAUCCUAUUCGAGAAACACCGAAUUUCUUUGUUGCAUUUGCACUCCUAUUCAAGAGAGCGUGCUUGCAACUUUACCGAAAGAAAGCAGGUUUUCUAUACGAUCAAGCUGUACACCUCGUGAGCGGUGUGUUUAUUUCGUUUGCAAUCAGUCCUCAAGAUUACAUUGGAAAAGUGCCACAAGACCUCUGCAAAGUAACUCCUUAUAUAGUUUUGCCAUCAUGUUUGUCAGCGGCGGAUGGAAUUCAGGAUGUUGGUAUUUUCAUGGCUCUGGGCGCCACGUUCUGUGCAGUGAAUGCCGGAACAACAACAUUUGGAUAUGAAAGAGUUGUGUAUUGGCGUGAUACAGCUGCGGGAAUGCGAACUAUUCCUUAUUUCUUGGCUAAAGUUGUUGCAGACAUUCCACGAAUUCUACUAGCGUCACUUAUGUACUCAUUAGCAUUCAUAUUGUUCUACGCGUACCGAGCCGCGUUCUAUGAAAUCUAUCUAAUUGUUUUACUGCUAUACCUUGCGUCAUGGGCAAUGGGUUACUUUAUGUCUACAGUUGUAGCAAGGGAAAAAUUAGGAUUAGCUGCCACGGGAUUGGCUCUUGCUUAUGGUCUGGUGUUGAAUGGAGCAUCACCCAAAUUGGAUGUUGUCAU